UAAUCAUCAUAAAAGCAUAAAAGUUUGUAAAUAAAGUAAAUUGUUUAAGUAAAAAUAUUAAAAUGAUAAAAAUUCCAAAAGAUACUUAUAUGGAAACAUUGUCAGGUUUAAUAAAUGAUGAUGAUAAAUUGGUUACAUACAAAUGGCUGAGUAAAGAACUUGAAAUUCAUGUGAAUAUUGCAAAAGAAAUAUUAGCAGAUUAUUGGGAGACCCAUAAAAAUGAUGGAAUAACAGCAACAUAUAUGCUAAUUGGUAAAACAAGUGAUGGUGGUAUGAGAGUUGAAGUUGUCAAAGAUGUUGACCUUGAAAAAUCCAUUGAAAAAUAUGAUAGUAUUGUAUCAAAGCAUAUUUAUAGUUUACAAAAAAAUUUAACAGAUAUUGAAUUAUUAGCUGGUGAAGGUAAAGGUGAUGCUAAAUUUGGAGCAAUUAAAUGCAAAGAAAGUAUUAUACUUAGUGAUGAAGAGCUAUUUAAAAGAAGAUGGGGAAUAAAUAUUCAAUUUCAAACACGUUAUGGUAAACCAAAUGAUACUAAACCUGAAGAAAAUAAAAAAGUAGAACAAAUAAAAGUUGAUGAUAAAGAUAAAAAUAAAGAUGAUGAUAAAAUAAAAAAUAAAAAUGAUGAUAAAAUUGAAAAUAAAGAUAAUAAAGAUGAAAAGGUUGAUGUAACUGAAACAAAGGAUAAAGUUGAAGCUAAAAAAGUAUCACCACCAACAAAAUCAAAAGGUGGUGAUAAAAAAGUUGGUCAAAAAAAACCAAUUCAAUCAACAAAAACUGGUUUUGCUAAUCUUUUUGGUAAAGUAUCAAAUCAAAAGAAAACACCACCAGUAAAAAAUGAAGAAAAAACUGAUGAAAAACCUUCAACAUCUGAUGAAUCUAAUGCUAAAAAAUUAUUCGAUAAAAAAACAAAUAAAAAUGAUACAUCAUGUUCAUUAAAUUCAGAUAAAGAUAGUAAAAAAUCAUCACCAGAAAAACAAAAAGAAGAAAUUAAAAUAUCUUCAAAAGAUAAUCUUGAUUUAUGUGCUAAUGUUGAUUUUGAUUCACCAAUGGAAAUUGAUGAACCAUCUUCAUCAAAGAAAGAUACAAAAAGUACUAAAAUUACUAGUAAUGGAAAAAAAACAAUACAAAAAACAAAAUCAGAAAGAGGAAAAAAACGUGAAAGAAGUCAAGAUACCAGUGAUAGUAGUAAAAAACGUAAACGUAUUGUUGUACUUGAAUCAAGUGAUGAAUCAGAUACAGAAGCACAAAGUCCAAAUUUAUUUGAAAGCUCAGAAUUAGAAGAAACUGUAACACCACCAAAAGAAAGAUCACCAUCACCACCAGCUGUUCAAGUUAUUGCUGGUAAACGAAAAGUAAGAAAAACAAUUGAUGAAAAAUACAUGGAUGAAGAUGGUUAUUUAGUAACUAAAAAAGUUCAAGUUAUGGAAAGUGCAUCUGAAGAUGAUGAACCAGUUCCUGUACCAGUUAAACCAGCAACAAAAAAAGUUUUACCACCAUCAAAAACUACAGCCAAGACAAAGAAACCUGGCAACAAACAAACAACAUUAACAAGUUUUUUUACAAAAAAAUAAUUAAUCCAUUGAUAUAAUUUAAUUUUUUUUCUUCUCCUUUAUAUAAUUGAACAUUUGAAUUGCUAUUAUUUUGUUUUUUUUUUUUAGUUACGUAUAAA